UUCAAUCUAAGCACUUGCAUGUAGUGAUUUUGAAUCAGGGUUUCAAUAUCUAUCAUCAGGAAUAGUAAAAUGGCGGAGCCCAUGGUAAUCGACGUUGACGAGGCGGCACCGACGGGGAAGAUGAGCGGUUCAGAUAAGAGGAAAGCCCUCAAGCGGAAGCGGGGGUUUGCUGGAGGGUUACCAGACCUCACGCCAGAAGAAAAAUCGGCAAAAAUCAAAGCUUUGAAGGAGGAGAUGAAAAGUUUGUUCAAUUGUUACCUGGAAUUAAAUGGGAAUAAAGAAAAUGAGAAUGUGGAGGAUGGUUCUUUGAAUAAUAAUAAUGUGGAUUCGGCAAUUGCAGUGUUGAUGGAGGAGAGUUGGCUACCGUUGAGCAGGUUGGCGGUUGAGAUUUUCGAGAAACUCAAGGGAAAAUUUGGAAGUGACAAUAGUGGUGGUGGGGGUUUGAGUAGUUUGGCUAGUGUGAAAAGCAGACUUCUUUUGAUUGGGCAGAGGGUUUUUUAUGGGAUUUCAGAUGCGGAUGCUGAUCUCUUGGAGGACGAUUCUGAGUCCGCUCUCUGGUGUUGGGAGACAAGAGAUAUGAAACUCGUGCCAAAAUCUAUGCGAGCAGUGCUGAAAAGUCGUCGAACUUAUCGGAAAAAGAUCCAGGAGAGGAUAAUUGCUAUUUCAGCAAUGAUAGCAGCACUAGAAAAAUCAAAGAACCAUCAGAACCACCAAGAGCUGAUGAAAGCUGCAGAAAAGCUAGGUAAAACAUUGAAUGAAGCAGAGAUUCGUCUUCUAGUUGGUAAUUCUUUGCAGAAAAAUGAGGCUGAAGGGUCAUUAAAGGAAGCAAAACAAGAAGAAAAGCUGUUAAUUAAGCAGUUGGAGAAAAACAAACGGGAGGAGGCAAAAGAGAAGAGAAGGAUGGAGCAGGAGCUUCAGAAGGAGAAGUUGCAAAAUGAAAAAGAGCUAAAGCGGUCUCAAGAUGAGGCAAAAAAAGAGGAGAAGCGUCGUGAGAAAAAAGAAUCUGAAAUGAAGAAACAGAUAAAAAGGCACCAAGAGGAAGCUGAAAAAGAUCAACGGCGCAAGGAGAAGGAAGAAGCUGAAAACAAAAAGAAACUUUCUCUGCAAAAGCAAGCAUCACUCAUGGAGCGUUUUCUUGAACGAGGUGCAAAUCCAUUUUCAAAAAAUGAUCAGCCUCCAAGAAGUGCAACUGAUCCAUCUCCUAAGAUGGACAAAGAGAAAACUGACUCAAUUACUCUGGCAAUGGACUCUGUGCUCUCCAUGGACACUGAAGUUAAAGUGGAAGAUAUAUGGAACCUGCAUCUAAAUUCUUGGCACUGCCUAGGUAAUUCAAUUCGUUCAAACAGACAUAUGCAUUGGGGCAUUCGUUGGAAACCUAAGACUGAUCUUGUCAAGAAACUUAAGCUAACUGCUAAUAAAGGACUGGCUCGUGAGGAAGAGAUGAAUAUUGAGAAACUUGUUGAUGGAUGGGUUGGUUCUAGUACUGACAGUAGACUGUCUCCUACCAAUUCAGACAGCAUAACUGCAAACGGCCGAGCGCAUGUACGAAGUAAACAGUUAUUGCAAUUUGAUAAGAGUCAUAGGCCUGCUUUUUAUGGAUUUAGGCUGAAGAAAAGUCAAGUUGUAAGUGCACGUCACCCUUUUGUAAAGGAUCCAGAAUUGGAUUAUGAGAUUGAUAGUGAUGAAGAAUGGGAAGAGGAGGAACCUGGUGAGAGCUUAUCAGACUGUGAAAAGGAUGGAGAAGAGGAAAGUUUGGAUGAAGGAUGCUCAAGGGAUGAUGGUGAUGAUGAAAGUGAAGAUGGCUUCUUUGUUCCUGAUGGAUAUCUCUCAGAAGAUGAGGGAGUAGAAGUUGACAAAUUGGAGGUGAAUCACUUGGUUGAGGAGACCAAAAGUUCGCCCAGUUCCAAGGAGGCGGUAAAUCAGCUGUUUCGACAGCAAAAGUGUCUAUACAAUUUAACUGAGCAUGCUCUUCGGAAAAACCAGCCUUUAGUCGUUCUGAAUAUAAUGCAUCAAAAAGCCCCUUUGCUUUCUGCUGAUAAUGUCACUGGCGCUGAAAAACAUGAGCAAAUAUGUUUGCAAGCUUUGAGUAUAUGUGCAUUCCCAGUUGGCCCAUUUGUACCGAUUUCAAUCAGUGAUGACACAGAAGAUCAAGGGGCUUGCACCUCAAGUACAAAAACCAACUCCACAACUUUCGCAAGUCCACCAACCAUAUUGGACUCUGAAUUGGCUCAGAUUGUAUCUGUCAUUCAAUCAUGUUCCAAUGGCAUAAACAAAGUGGUGGAAUGUUUACAUGAGAAGUUUCCCACCAUUUCCAAGUCUCAAUUGAGAAACAAAGUGCGAGAAAUAUCAGAUUUUGUUGACAAUCGGUGGCAGGUUAAGAAAGAGGUAGUGGUGAAGCUCGGUUUAACAAUAUCACCAGAAAAAGGCAGCGGGAGGACAAAGAGCAUUGCCACAUUUUUUUCCAAGAGGUGCCUGCCUCCCUCUGCGAAAUCUAUUAAUCCUUACGAAACCUCCCCUCAAAUAUCCCAGAAACCUGCAUCUUCUACUCAGCAACAGGAGGGUACUGCACGAGAGCAUUGAAAAGAUGCUUUUCCCUGCUCCACUCUGUUCCUUUCAUGGAUGUUCAACUGUAUUUGUUUCUUCCGGCCCACCCCUUUUUCACAGCCUGAAAUAUUUUUGAUAUGUACAUUAAAAUCCAGAUCGUAUAUUCGAUACUGGUCAUAUAUCUAAAGUUUUGCUUUUGGAUUAGGAUUGUAAUUUUUGGUUUAUCUUAUGAGAACAAAACUUACUAGUUUGUCUGCAAUUCAGGUGACUAUUUCUACAUGUUAUAUUAAUGCUGCAAUGCAUAGAAUGUCUGUCUUAAUUGCUGCUGGGAAA